AUGCUUUCUUCAAUCAGUACUGCUAUCUUCUUAAUUGGUGGUCUUUAUGUUCAAUUUUGUAUUAGUAGUAGAACAAAUGUGAGAAAUCGACCAAGUGUGCGACGCGACAGUAUGUUGCCAUCUACAUUUGACUAUAUUGUGCUUGGAGCUGGCAGUGGUGGGUCUGUUGUAGCGAAUCGUCUGAGCGCUUCUGGUCACUAUAACGUUCUACUGUUGGAGGAAGGGACCAAUGUCGAGGAUGAUCCGUUGGUAUCGAUUCCCUAUAAUUGGGAUAUUACUGUUGGAUCAUCACUCGAUAGAAACGAUCUGGUUGGACCUAAUGAGCCAAUAGUGAGAUAUGAUUUCAAUAAACGACAAUUACCAAGUGGCAAAGCACUUGGUGGAACUUCCACGAUAAAUGCCCAGAUGUAUGUGCGCGGAAAUGUUUUUGACUAUGACAGAUGGGCCGAACAAGUGGGUGAUGACUGGAAUUAUACAAAUGUUUUGCAAUAUUUCAAACGAGCUGAAACCUCUUCUCGCUAUGCAAUGAAUCCUGACUAUCAUGGAAACACGGGACCUCUCCAUAUUACUGCUGGAGGUUACGAGCCUGUAGAAGAUGAACUUCUUGUUCGCGCUUGUCAAGCUUUAAGCAUCCCUUUUGUUGACGAUUGGAACGGGGCUCAACAAAUUACUUCACCUGUUGGUUCUGUUGGAUUCCUCGAACUUACUAUUUUCAAUGGAACUCGUCAAACUGCCUUUGGUUCUUAUAUUCAACCUAUUUUGAAGCGAAACAAUCUUUGGGUUCAAGAUUCUAGUUUGAUCACAAAAAUAAACUUCAAUAAUUAUAAACGGGCUACGAGUGUCAAUUGGUAUGAUUUAGAAACGAAAGAAGCCCAUACAAGCUGGGCUUCAAAAGAAAUUAUAAUCUCCAUGGGAACUUUGAGAUCUGCUCAGCUUCUUCUUCUUUCUGGAAUCGGUAAUUCGACCAAACUGAAUGCACUUGGCAUUCCAGUUGUGGAAAAUUUACCUGGUGUUGGUGAGAAUCUACAGGAUCAUGUAAUUACUACUGUCACCUGGAGUGUUAACAGCAGCCCCUUUCCGAUUCCUCUCGGAUCAGCUGUCGAUGAAACUGCUUGGAAUCUGUACAACCAUAACCGCACUGGUAUUUUAGCUUCCAUUACAGCUCGCACAAACAUAUUCCUUCGUACUAAAUUUCAGCCGGCUACAGACCCGCGUCCCGACAUUCAAGUGAUUGCUACGACACCUAGUGGCAAUAGUUUGUUUGCUUUGAUCUAUUUGCUUCACCCCCGUUCAGUGGGUCAUAUUACUCUUGUUUCACGUAAUCCUAACGAUCGGCCAAUCCCACAAAUGAACUAUUUCUCUGAUCCUGACUCUCAUGACGUAAACGUUAUCAUGGAGGGUGUACGACUUGUUCAUCAAAUCUAUAGCGCCUUUCCUAUGCAUAAUACAGGUUUUUCCAGUUUUAGCAAUUUAUCAGAUGACUUGGAGUUCAAGAGGUAUUUAUAUGGAAGUAAAUACUCUGCAGCUAAUACAAAUUCUGGAAAUCAUUUGACUGGAACUUGCAAGAUGGGUACUGAUUCGAUGGCUGUCGUUGACUCCCGUCUUCGUGUUCGAGGUGUCCUUGGUUUGCGAGUGGCUGAUGCUUCAAUCAUGCCAUCUAUCACAUCAGGUAACACUCAAGCUCCAGUUUAUAUGAUCGGAGAAAAAGCUGCUCAAAUGAUUCUGGAUGAUCUGGUUAAUGGUUCUGCACAGCCUUAUACGAAGGUUACAAGCUUUCUAAAUCUCUUUUUAGUUUUUCUAUUUAUGUUCUGA